AUGAACAACAUAAAGUCUACUGAUUGGGACAACAGCUCCUCUGCAUACGCCAAACUGGCCCAGCAAGGUCCAGUCCUAGCGCCAUGUGAGCGACUGCUGGCUGCCAUGAAUGAUGCGUCGAGCUUCUCCUCGGCGACGACAAUCCUCGACAUUGGCACCGGCCCGGGCACAGCAAUCGACUUAUUGAUAAAAGAUUAUGGAACGGAAAUGCCCCCAUCAGCUAGACUAAUUGCCAGCGAUUUCUCCCAGGCAAUGGUGGAUGCAACAACAUCCAGGAAAGAGAUGAACAUUGCUGCGGGUAAGGACAUUGAGAAUUGCUGGAGUCGCCUGGAGAUGACAGUUAUGGACGCACAGAAUCUAUCACAAGUGUCGCCAGGUAGUAUUUCGCAUGCCAUGGGAAGCUUUGUGUACUUCAUGCUUCCGGAUCCCAGGAAAGGGUUACUGGAGGCACACCGCGUGUUGACCGAGGGAGGUGUGUUUGCUUGUACGAGCUGGACGAUGACCAUGGAAUGGUUUCAGUUCCUCGUCCUGGCGGCGAAGAGAGUACGGCCUGAUAGCACGUUUACAGUUGACAACAUGAUGCCCGAAGCAUGGACAAAUACAACCGGCGUCAGGACGGAGUUGGAAGCAGCAGGAUUCCGCAAUGUACACACAGAGUACAUCACUUUUGAUUGGCAUAUAGACGACCCCGAACGUCAUGCUGAGUACAUGGUGAGGAGCAGUAAUAUGCGCAAAACGAUACUCGGUGGCUUCAGCGACUUCAGCGACGAGGAACUAAACAAGUGUGCCGAGGAAUACGUGGCUAUCGCGAAAGAGAAUAACAACGUCUCCAAGGCCAUAGCGGUACUUGGUAUUGGGCGGAAGUAG